GUCUGGAAACAGCAAGAGCUUUCGGCUCUAGCUAAAAUUUGGAUGCACUAUAAAUGCCUAACAGUAGAUGUCGGCAGAGCCUAUGUGAAUGCAGACCUUUAUUUUAAACGUUACGCAUUCAGCUCCACCUAGAAUUGAAAAACUAAUAUUAAGAUACCAGUAACAAGCAGAAUCAAAAUGUAUAAACGCUGCAAUCCCACCCGUUUGUGGAUUUGUAGUCUACAGUAUUUGUGGAUCCUAAAGCUUUUGUGGGAUAUUGAGGUGUUGUUAUGCCUCAAUAAGAUUGUCUGACAUUAAUGAUUAGAGUAAAAGUAACGUAUAAUGACAACGAGAACAACGAAGUCAUGUUUCUUAGGCUAUGUAUUACCCUAAUGGGCGGGGUCAGCAACUGGUACAUGUCGCCUUGGCUUGUGCGCAUCCCUGGAUAAGGCGCGUAUAGGAUACUUUCCAUACUAUGUACUGCACUAUGCAAGUGCCACAAGUGUAGAGGUCUCUCUGUACUAUGUCCUUGCUGACAGAAAACCUUUUCCUCGUUGCCAUGAAAACUGACAUGACAAGAUUAGCAUAUGCCAAGAAUUCUGAAAACGGAAAAUGCUGAAUCCACUAUUUUGUACGUGUGUAUAUUCGGUCUGAUUUUGGAGUUUUGCAGCUGCAGCAAUCGGGAUGUCAAAUUUGCUGGAGCUAUAUAAUGUAUUCUGAGGUUUAUUCUUCUACGUCUGUGCGUUCUUUUCAGAGCAUUGGCGCUGAUUUGGAUUGUUCCACCGCGUUACACACAGGAACAUCCAGGAAUACCGAUGUCUUAUUCCUAGGCUGUUCCAUACCAUUCUUGUUUUUAUUGGUAAACUACUAAUGGUUGAGUUUUAUUUAUUUAAUUAAUCUUACAAUGGGGAAUAGUUAUUCAAACUUGGCUGCAUUUCAGUCUCUACAUAUUGUCAUGCUCGGUUUAGAUUCCGCUGGUAAAACGACUGUUCUAUACCGUCUGAAAUUCAACGAAUUCGUGAACACUGUCCCUACGAUUGGGUUCAACACGGAAAAGAUUAAACUAAGCAAUGGAACUGCUAAGGGAAUAAGUUGUCAUUUUUGGGACGUCGGUGGACAGGAGAAGCUGAGGCCUUUGUGGAAACCGUACAGUCGUUGCACCGAUGGUAUAAUUUAUGUUGUGGACUCGGUUGAUGUGGACAGACUUGAAGAAGCAAAAACGGAACUGCAUAAAAUAACAAAAUUCGCAGAGAACCAAGGGACGCCUCUACUAGUAAUAGCCAACAAGCAGGACCUUCCCAAGUCUCUGUCUGUUAGUGAGAUUGAGAAGCAACUGGCACUGCACGAACUGAGCACCUCCACCCCCUAUCAUGUUCAGCCUGCAUGUGCCAUCAUAGGAGAAGGUCUUCACGACGGGAUGGACAAGUUAUAUGACAUGAUUGUAAAGAGAAGGAAAUCUCUGAAACAAAAGAAAAAGCGACAAUGAUAUUUUUCUUCAUAGCCUACACUGUGACUGAACAUUUCCACAUUCUUGAGGCAAAAAUUCCACAAGAUGUAUAUGUCUAGAAACAAGAUUUUUGGCUUUUUUACUCACAGUUGGUUGAUAUUUUGACGGCCCUUACAUCUGUAAAAAUGGGUUUGAUGAACACCAUAUCGGCACUUCCCUCCGUUUUGGACACUAUUUUUCACAGACAAAAAGAACAACGGGCUGGCACCUGUACAGUUAUCCCUGCUAAAUCCAUGCUCUUCUUGACUGCAGUUUGUUACUAUAGAGCACUUGUGGACAGCACAUAGUAGCUAUUCUCACAGAAUCCCAUAAUAUGAAUUGGAUUUCAAUUCAAGAAUAUACAUUUCUACAUUGCUAUUCGCUUGGCAUGUUAUGUUGGUUGUUAAACGUUUUACUGUCCAUUUUGACAUAUUUACCUACUUUUUAUACCUGGACUCGUUUGUUUUAUUACAAUAUAGAAGCCCUUGUAGUAUUACCUUAUAUGGUAAAACACUAUUUUAGCUUCCACAACAGGCUAUGGAUAGGUAAAUACUUCCUAUGUAUUACUACAAUGUGCAGAAGAAUUACUUAUAAAUGUGUCAGAAAGUUUUAAUUUUUUAUUCAAAUGUUUCUGAAGCAUGGUUUGGUUUUAAUUAAUUUGAUUUGUUCAUCUGUAUUACUUU